CUGAGAUGAUCUUGAAUCUCAUGUCAUUUUAGCGGGUAGAUUGGUUAGUUGCGUUGUAUGCACCUAUGUGCAAGUAUUUCUUAGCUUAUUAUGUACUUUGUUUCGCCAUCUCUGUCUCUCCAUUACUAUCAGAAGAAAGCACCAAAUACAACCUUCUCAUCAAGGAACGUGCGGUUCUUGAUAAGUUGGAUGAUGCUGGAGUUAAUGUAUUUUCAAAGUCUGGUCAGAAGUUCUCUUGUUCAUGGGGUACAGACAGUGGCAUAAAACCUGAUAACGCCACUUCACAACUGUCCAGCAGCGUCGUACAUUCACUACUGUCCAUGUUUAGUGCGUUUGAUUGUCUAAGAGUGAAAAAAGGUUGGUGGACAUACGAGUUUUGUUUCCGAAAGUAUGUCGCCCAGUAUCAUGACGAGUCUAAGGAAACGUCUAAGACGUUUCUCGGACUUUUCGAGUCGGAAUUUGACUGGGACAAUUCUUCAGAGAAACCCAAAUACCAUAGCCAGUUUUAUUCAAAUGGAAGUAUUUGUGAUUUGACAAAUAUGCCUCGGAUAACAGAAGUGCAGUUUGUCUGUGCUGAUUCACGAACGUUUCAUAUUUUAUCUGUUGAAGAACCUGAAUCCUGUGUCUAUCUCUUAAAAAUAUCAACUCCGAGUUUAUGUGGAAACUCGCAUUUCGCCUCUCAGUUUUCGACCAAACCGCAUGAUAUUACCUGUCACCCAACUCUCAGCGGACCAGAUUACUAUCGCUAUGAUGCUUCAAAUAAAGCAAGGGAUCCAGUUCUGCAGUCGUCCUUAGCUAAUAUGUCACAAACUUUCAGUUUGCCUUCGAAGCGUCUAUAUACCAACAAAAAUAUGUAUAAUAAAAUUCGUAACAACCGACGCAGGCGCAAAUUGAAAUUUCUCAAGCGCUCUACAGGAAUGUUCCUUAGAUCUUUGAAAAGAUUAUCAGUUCUCUACAAAAAGCAAAACCUUAAAUCUUCAUGGAGUUCCCAUCCUAUAUCUUUGUUACCUACAAAUCCAGCCGGUUUAUAUAAGCUAUGGCUCCAUAUCGGUUCGCUUAGUAGUGACCUCUCAAAUUUUACAUCUGUUCUAUUAAGGAGGAAUGAAAAUUGUCCUUGGUUUAUUGACUUUGGAAAUUACUUGGGUCAAAUAGAUCGUGCCCUUUAAAACUAUCUCACCGUCAUGUCCCUUUGGAUAUUGUGAAAGUAGCCAUUAUUGUAACUAAGAGCGUUAUUAUGGAAGUAGAGGACUAUAGACAAUUGCUCAAUACGUUUCUUACUGCUCCUAUGCAAACAGUGGGAAUGAUACAUCUAUUUAAUCUUAGUGAUGUCCACGAAUCUAUCAGUCGUAUUUGGCGUGAACUAUUUAGCUGUACAGAUCCUAAUGAGGCUCACACAAUGUUAUCCACUGUGAUCCAUGUUUAUAAAAAGCAUAACUUAGAUAUACCAACUGUUGAAGAUAUACCUUUAACCCGUCUACCUACCGAAUCGAGAAACAAUGCAAAAUCUGCAUACCUAAAGUAUAAGUUAGACUUCACAUUUUCAAGUAAUAAAGACAAGAAUAUUGAGAUCUUACAGUACGAUGGGAAGGUGUUGGAUAAUCCUCUAAGUUAUGAAGAAUACUCGAAGUUGUUUGAUGGAAUUAAAAAAGUUGUAGAUUUAACCGAUCUCUUCUUGGAGACUUCGAAAUUAUAUGUCAAGAUACUUUUCUUUCUUCACAAGAAAAUAGAGCUUAGCCAGAAUAUAGAAAACCGACUGAAACAAACGUUUUCCAAUAUACUUACUGAUUCAAAUGUCAAUGUUGUUGUGAUACAAGGUGGUAAUCGUAUUAUGAAAGAUAAAUAUAAUCAAGAUGCUGCAGAUCAAUGGGAUCGCGAUCUUUUGCCAUCUCUUAAACAACGGGAGAUCAUAGAGAUUAUGCAAAAAGUCGUAACUAACUUAGAUCCAGAAAUAUCGGACGAAGUGGAUAUAGUUGAAAAACCAGAAAAUCAAGGAGGUUUAUCUACGUAUUACAUUAUGGUGAGUUCAUAAAUAUAUAAUUGGAUACAAAAUUAUUUAGAUUCCAUUUUACACAUUGAGUUAUACAUAUUCAUUCAAAUGCUUAGUAAUUUUAAAGUAGAUAAUAAUAAAUAGUUAAAGUAGAUGAACCCUAUAUAUCGAUGUAUGUAGAGACAGAACACUAAACAGUUAAUGUUAGCAUUUGAUAAUGUCAGCGGGGUCAAGUCUAUGUGUUUAACAUUCCACUUGCGUUAUUGCUAGUCACAUAAUGCAGCUUUAUCGCAAAAGUUGUAGUCUGAUUUUUAUAUUAGUUUUUUAUUAUUGGGUGGUUUUAUUGAGUUCGUAUAUACAUUCCCUAAUAUUUAUGUUUUAUAGCCUGGUGGACCUAGAAAGAAGGAAGAAAAACGCGUCAGGAAACUUGAACAAAAUUAUCACUUUACUUUCCACUGAAUAGAAAUAUAGUAUCAUUGAUUUAUGGCAUAAAAUUGUAUUUCAUCAGUAAUCUUUUAGUCACCUGCACUCUUUCAUUCUAUUUUUCUCAAUAUCUGUUUUUCUGCAUAAUCUGUAAUAAUAUACUUCGGAAUAUGUUAAUAUUUAAAUCUGUCGAGUCAGUUUUUUAAACUAUGUGCUACUGUUGCUGCUAACACAAUAUUUUUGUCAGUUAAUUUGAGUGUGGUUUUAUAUUCACCUAUUUUCUUUAAAAAAUUGUUUUAUUUUCUUUGUCAUACAAAUUCGUUCUUCCUCCUUAAUGACCUUGUCAUAUUCGUCUCAGUUUCUUUCUCAAGCUCGUCAAUCAUCACAACUCUUAAUUGGCCAUUUUCUUCAAGUGAUAUGUUCCUAUUGGUGUAUCUAUCAUCUAUGUGUGUAAAUAUGUACUAUCUCUGAAAUGUUGAGUUCAAUGUCCUUUUCUAAGAACUAUUUUUUUUUGAAAACAGUCAGUAUACCGUUCAAAACAUUGUAUUUCUCGAUCGAGUAAUAAAGUAAAUUUCCAUAUCUAAUCAGAUUCAUUUAAUUUUUCACUAAGCAGCAGCUAGUAUUGCUGGGGGAUUCAACCAUCGUCCACUUCUGCACUCCGGUGUGAUUUACAGACUCGUGAAGCUUAUUUUCGUAUAUGGUUUAUCGUCGUCACGUAAUAUAUUUUCUACAAUUCCAUUAUUUAGAAUUAUCGUUCCCACUCUGAAUUCUUUACAGACAUUCCUAAUCAGAACGUCAAUAUGUGAUGGAAUGAGACGGAUUCAUUGGACUCGUUUCAAAUACAUUAAGAGAUCAAUCUAUUCGAACCUCAUGCUACUAUCAAGAUGGGACGUUUGUGAUUGUUAAAUCUUCCCUACCAAGAAACGGAAUACAAAGAUCAAUUAGGUCCUGAUAAGACCAA